GAAGAGUAGGAUGGGCCAUAUAUAUCAUAAACCCCACACCACUUGCAUCCAUCCAAAUAUUAUUCCUCAUAAUAAUGCUCCAUUCCCCCACCAAAAUAUUCUUCAUCAUUUCAUUCGAUUAUCCCAAUUUCUCUGAUCUUCUUUCUCUUCCAAUUCUCUGGUUUUAAACCAUCCAAACCAUUAAGAUAACCAUGAAUCUAACACCUAUCAAUCACUCCAAAGUACCUUUCCUACUGCUUCUCUUGGUCUGCCACUUGGUUAUUAGUGAAGUGGUAGAAGUGGCCGGAAAACAGCUGGUGCCUCUGAAGACAUCACCGGAGUUCAUAGUGGAUAUGGAGUUAAGCGGCGGAAGGCGGAGGAGGUUGGAUCCAUUCCAGCUGUGCUCGGAGUGCAAGUGCUGCGAGUCACCAGAUGACCCAAACACGUGCACUGAUACACCCUGCUGCUUUGGGAUUGAUUGCCAGCUCCCAAACAAGCCUUUUGGGGUAUGUGCUUUUGUUGCCCAGUCUUGCAACUGCACUUCCUGCAAUGCUCUUGCCUAGCCAAUUCAUACCCCUCCAUGUCUAUUGAUUUGCACAUAUUAUUCAGGCGGAAAAUCCUGAAAUAAGAGUAAAAGCGUUCUGGAGUUUUAAAAUAUUACUGUCAUGUUUUUAUUACCUAAAUAGGAGUAAUGAAUACAAAAUUUUGAAAAUUACUGCCAUGUUUAAGAUCUGAAACUGUCAAAACAUGACAGUAAUUACUUUUAUUUCGAGAAUAAAAACAUGACAAUCAUAUUUUGUAACUAAAGAUCAAGAGUGUUUUUACUUCUAUUUAGGACAAUUUCUCAAAGUUAAGAUGUGUUUCUGUUUUUUUUUUCUUUUUCGUUUUGUAUACCAGAACUUUAAUUUGUUGUUAAUAGAGUUGUAUCAUUGAAACCUAUUAUCUGCUCAAAGACUAUUUAAAACAUCAUUCCACGGUUUGUAAUCUUACCAAGGAACCGUAUCAUGUGCCAACACAUUGAUUGCACGAUUCAGAGAUGACAUAAUGAUAAUAACAUGCAUAAAAGCAGUUUUAAUAAAGUUAAGUAGAGAAAUUUAGAAUACUAUAAAGCAAAAGUUCAAUAUGUGUAAAUCUCAAUGCCGUACAUACCAAAAAUGAAUAACAUCCGUUGGACAAAUAAUUACUGUCAAACAAACACACCACAAAAACGUUUACCUCCUAAAAAUCAAUUCAUAAAAUGGUAAAGUAUGGAGAAUAAUAAAGUAAAAAUUAUGUGGUACAGGUUUAUGCAGAGGAAAGAAAUAACAGAAAUCACAAAUUAGUUGAUUAAAAUGAGAAAUUGCAAAAGAUUUUUGGGCAUUCUAAAAGAAAAUAUGACAAAGUUUUAAAGGAUGAAAGGAGUAGUAUUGAUAUGUUUAUGAUUAGGGGUGGGCAUAAAGCCCGAACCGAACCGGUACCGAACCGGUCCGUAAUAGUACCGAACCGAAUAUUGGGUAUUUAAUGAUACCGGAACGGUCAGUUCAAAAAUAAUGAUUUGAAUUUUUUAUAUUUUCUUCCAUACCAAUCAAUAUAUUUUAUGGACCAACAAUUUUAUACCCACAUAUGUAUUAAUGUGUCCCUAAAAUAGCUAAAUGUGUGUGUUUAUAUGAUUUUUAAAGUUUUAGAAAUCAUUAAUGACUAUUCAUUUCUAGUAACGUAGUUUAUAUGACUUUUUUUGUAUCAUGUUUGUGCAGUUGUACAACUUAAUUAAUAUGGUUUACAUCUUAGCUCUCACGGUUCAAUUAUAAAUUAAAUUAGAACUAAUAUUUAACAUAGAACAAAGAAGAAGAAUGAUGAAUUUUUCUAUUACAUUGAACAGAUUGAUGAUAUUAUUUUUAUAUUUUGACAUGAACUUAGUAAAUGAAAGAUGAUAUUUACCUCGUGUAUCAUCAUUUUGCUAUACUUUUUCUUAGUUGUGUUUCACUAUUUGUGAAUUUUAGAACUAAGUAUACAAUUUCUUGUAUUUAUAUCAACAUUUAAUGUGAGUUGGUUGGUGUGAUGUUAUUUACUAAUUGCAAGAUUUGUCCAAUUUUUUAGCAUGUGUUUGGCAUUGUAUCGUACCGUUUUGUACCGUUCUGAAAUGACAUGGUACCGAAUGGUUCCAUCCUUAGAACCAGACCAUACCGGACCGUUAGAAACCUCACGGAUACAUUAUGGGUUUUACUAAUUUCUCGGACCGUUCCGGACUUCGCCCACCCUUAUUUCUGAUCACACACGUGGGUCUCGCAACUCAAUGAGUAGGGGGCCAUGGGUGCGAGUAUGCGACGCGCCCGUGGCCCGGGCUUAUGGUGUUAUGCCAGGGAUUGACGAUAUGCAAUAAUCCCACAACAAAAUGACCAGUUUGGGCAAGGAGACUGUCUGUUUAGAGUUUACUUAAAGAACCGUAUGUACUCUACUAUGUGAGAACCUUAUGUAAUUCUAUAAUAUGAAAACAUAGAUACCGUUUGGAGACCCUGUUUUUCGACUUACAACGUCAUGAGCAAAAAAAUUCACCAGACACGCGACUUUUUAUUUCUCGC